UGAACAAGCUGACACAGGUGUUCCCCUUCAGUGGUUUGAUGGAAGUGAGCCAGUAAAGACGUUACACUAACAGUAACGGAAGGUUGUGUAACUGCACUGCGCACAACAUGCUUGACUGACACUGAUGUUCGGGACCUCGGAGAAAACAGUUAAGCUGAGCAACGCUUACUAUGGCUCAUGAAAAUGAUUUAGCAGAAAUCAGGACUCUCAGGACUCUUCUUCUCCUGCUGUGCUGUUUACUGUGUGCGGCUGGAGACGAGACGGUCAAACUGCAGGAAGUGAAAGGAACCACUAUAACUCUCCAUACUGGAAUAACUGGAAUUCAGAGUGAUGCUCAGAUUCUGUGGUCUUAUGGACCUGAGAAAGCAGAGGAAAAGAUAUUGAACAGUCAGGUGUUUAAAGGAGAAACUGCUACAGAAAUCAGUGAGAGAUUUAAAGAGCGACUGCAGCUGGACAGAACCAGUGGAGCUUUAACCAUCAGGAACGUCAGUAGAAACCAUUCUGGAGUUUAUUUAUUACACGUCAUCACUGGACGUCUCACAACGAGGACUUUCAGUGUCAGUGUUUAUGCUCCAGUAUCAACUCCAGUAAUAGAAAAUCAUGGAGAAAAAAGAAGUAGGAAGUGUUCCCUCCUGUGCACUGUGGUGAAUGGAGAAGAUGUGAAGUUAUCCUGGUACAGAGAGAAUGAGAGACUCAGUGUCACCAAUAACACAGAUCUCAGUGUUCCCCUCAAUCUCCCACUUCAGAUACAACUCCCAGCCAAUAAAGCUUAUACCUGUGUGUCUGCAAACCCUGUCAGCAGUAAAACAGCUUCUCUCAGCAGCGCAGAGCUCUGUGAUUAUAACUCAGGUAACUCUUUAAAUUCACUGCUUCCUGCCCUGAUAUCUGCUGCAUUUUUUGUGGUCUUAAUAAUAUCCGUAUCCGUGUGGGUUGGACAGUGAAAGAAAAGACAACAAGGAAGAAAACUCGAGAGUAACGCAGGCUGAAGCGGAGAGUGACUCUGUGGUGUAUUCAGAUGUGAAGAAAUCCAGAUAAUUCAAUUUAUCGUUCUAUUUGUUUUAAUAUUUUUAAUUAGCUUCACAUUUAAGUUGUUUUCCCCUGUUGUUUAAAAUUUUGAUCCUUUAAAACAACCCAACAUAUUUUCUUAUAUUGUCCCCAGUGUAACCCACAUGCCAGAAUCUAAUCUACUAAAGCUUUUAAUAUGAUCUACAGCUGAUAUUUCCUACAAUAGAUUCCAAUCCAUUAGACUUUAACCAUAAAGCCUGUGCUUUGCUUUUACUUUUUUAAUAUCAGCUAAAACAAACAAACAAACAAACAAACAAACAGAAACGUAGCCUAAUUUUUGCCUGACCAGAGCUAUUUACAGAGUUUUAGGACUUGUUGUAACAUUGCCAGAGAUGCACAACAUUUGUCAUGUCUUUUAUAAAAGACGUUAAUAUUUUCUAGUUUUGUGCUCUUUGUUCCUGGAAUGUGUUAAAAUUGACCUAUCAGCAUUCGUUUCAUUCUUGAUGUCUAGAUCAAACCAGGAUUAUUAUUUUUUUUUUUUAAUAGCCUAAUUGGCUUACUGAGUAUAAAAAUCCAUAGAUUUAUGUAUUUAUUGAGUACUAGUAUUAGAUUGUGACUAAAAUGUACUUUUUGCAUUAAAAAAUAAAAAAGAAUCAAAGGGAAUAUUAAAAUCGUAUUCAUUGCAUCAGAAUUUGUGUUUGUCUCCGAGUGUUGAUGAUGCACCAGUAGAGCUGAAAUAGUAGU